CCUCCCUCUCAUUGUCUUUCUCCUUCCUCCGGUCGUCUCCUUCCUCUCCGCCGACGGAUUUCCCCAAAUCUCUCUUCUUCGAAACCCCCACUCGCUUCUACCCUUCCAGGUUUCCUUCCUCUCUCCGGACAAUGACGUCCUCCCCUUCCACAACCUUCUCUGCUUCCUUCGCCAAAGUCGCCGGCAAUUCGCGUCAUUGCAGUAAUCGUUCGCUCCCCAAGCUAUCCUUCCGGCUCCCCCACAAUCCACGACUUCGAUUCUUCACCAAGGGUUUGCGUCGUAGUCGGAACAACUUCACUGUUGUAAAAGGCCAAUUGAAUGAGGGUGCUGUUGGUGGAUCGUCAAAUGCUGCAGCUAAACCUCAGGCGAAAUCAACAGCACCAUCAGAUGAAGCAAAGGAUCCUAAGUCAUCUGGCGAUGCACCUCCAGCUUUGGCGACAGAGGAAUCUAUCUCUGAGUUCUUGACUCAAGUUUCAAGCCUAGUCAAGCUAGUUGAUUCAAGAGAUAUUGUCGAGUUGCAAUUGAAACAACUUGACUGUGAACUACUAAUACGGAAAAAAGAGGCUUUGCCCCAACCGCCAUCUUCUGCUCCAGUUGUUAUGAUACAUUCACCCUCUACACUGCCAGCAAUGCCACCCACUCCAACAGCACCAGCUUCUGCACCUUCUGUGUCAGUUCCUUCUGCCACACCUCCUCCACCUCCCCCUUCUGCUGCCAAACCAGCAAAGUCAUCACUUCCUCCUCUUAAGUGUCCCAUGGCAGGCACAUUUUAUAGAAGUGCUGCACCUGGGGAACCACCUUUUGUCAAGGUUGGAGAUAAAGUACAGAAGGGACAGAUCUUGUGCAUCAUUGAGGCAAUGAAAUUGAUGAAUGAAAUAGAAGCUGAUCGAUCAGGAACGAUAGUUGAGAUCCUUGUAGAAGAUACCAAACCUGUGAGCAUUGAUCAGCCACUGUUUGUGAUUCAACCCUGAAGCUUAACCAGGGAGCAAGCAAGACCUAGGAUCGAGUAAAAGAGCAGUAGGCAGGUGCAGCUGCAGUUGGUGAUGUAGUGGUAAUGUUGUGCGGCAUUGUAUUAUUACGGUAGAAUAUUUUGCUUUAAGUGAGUUGGUAGAGGUAGAGAAAAGGCUGGUUAUUGAAACGAAUCAUUACUUGCAUUUUGGUACUUAUUGCUGCAAUUGAGAGUACUUAAUCAAUUUUUCUUAUAAUAAGUUUAGAAGAGAAAAGUGAAAAUAAAUAAGUUCGGGUAUU